AUACACAGUCCCAUCACUUCCUCCUUUUCCGUGGACAAGGCGUGAUUUAAACAGACGAGGAACGCAUCCGAGUCCAGAUGAACCCCACACACCGCCAUGUCCGCUCAACGGUCGGGAGUGAAACCUAAAACCCGAUUUAACCGAACCGGAUCCUCUCCCCUUCCCGACAAAAACAGGGACAACAACCGGCGCCGGGCGACAAGCGCACGCGUCGCAACUAGGUUCCGGAAAAUUCUCCGAGUUAAAAUUGUGGCAGUGGCAGAGAGAGAGAAAAUAAAAUUACGAGUGAUAAAAGCAGUUUUAAAAUUUCGGGCAGAGGGAACUCGCAACGUGGGUAUCGAUUGUAACAGCGCAACGCUGACAAUGUCAAUAUUUAAUUUUCAUCAGUUCGUUGGCAGCUGAACCCGAGCAGUUUAGGAGGUGACACCGGCUCUCCUUUUCAGGACAGGAACAUUGCUAUGUCAACUAAGGACCCUUGUCAGAAACAGGCCUGUGAAAUACAGAAGUGCUUACAAGCUCACCAUUAUCAAGAAAGCAGAUGCCAGCAUGUAAUUGAAGAAAUGCACAAGUGCUGUAAGACAUAUGCAAAAAUAUCUGUUUGUUGUUCAGGGUUUUUGAAAGAAGAAGAGAAAAAAAGCUUACAGAUAUACAAUUGUCAGUGAAUACAAACCCUUUGGUUAUACCUUACUUUUAAAGAUUGCCAAAGUACUGCAUCAGACCUUGAUUCUGGCUGUAUCACUAUUAACCAUGAGGAUUUGGAAAGAGGAUAUAACAAACACAGUGAGGUCCUUAAAUCUACUCUCGGGCAAAUGUUAAAUCUGAAGAAUACAGAAUGGCACAAAUGUGAAUUAAAUAACAUACUAUAAUUUUA